CGCAGAUGGGUCAGGGACUCUGGAGAGUUGCUAGGAACCAGCAACUGCAACACCAAGGAUACAGUGGACAAGGCUAUCUUACCAGAGAACAUGGUAGGAGGAUAGCUACUAACAAUGUUUCCCAUACAAGCCAUCGCAAACAGGCCCAAGGAGGCAUUGACAUCUACCACCUGUUGAAGACGAGAAAAUCUAAAGAACAAGAAGGAUUCAUUAACCUGGAAAUGCUGCCACCAGAGCUUAGUUUUACCAUUUUGUCAUACCUGAAUGCAACUGAUCUCUGUCUAGCUUCAUGUGUCUGGCAGGAUCUUGCUAAUGAUGAGCUUCUCUGGCAAGGGUUGUGCAAAUCCACUUGGGGUCACUGUUCUAUAUACAAUAAGAAUCCGCCUCUAGGAUUUUCUUUUAGAAAAUUGUAUAUGCAGCUAGAUGAGGGCAGUCUCACCUUUAAUGCCAACCCUGAUGAGGGAGUCAACUACUUUAUGUCCAAGGGCAUACUAGACGAUUCACCGAAAGAAAUAGCUAAGUUUAUCUUUUGCACAAGAACACUAAAUUGGAAGAAGCUGAGAAUCUACCUUGAUGAAAGGCGAGAUGUUUUGGAUGACCUUGUGACGCUGCACAACUUCAGAAAUCAGUUCUUGCCAAAUGCACUGAGAGAGUUCUUCAGACACAUUCAUGCUCCUGAGGAGCGUGGGGAGUACCUUGAGACUCUCAUAACAAAGUUCUCUCACAGAUUCUGUGCUUGUAACCCUGAUUUGAUGAGAGAGCUUGGCCUUAGCCCUGAUGCAGUUUAUGUACUGUGUUACUCUUUGAUUCUACUUUCCAUUGACCUAACAAGCCCUCAUGUGAAGAACAAAAUGUCAAAGAGGGAAUUCAUCCGAAACACACGACGAGCUGCACAGAAUAUUAGUGAAGAUUUUGUAGGGCACCUUUAUGACAACAUCUACCUUAUUGGCCAUGUGGCUGCCUAAAAGCACAACUUGCUAGCACUUAAAAUUUGUAAUUUUCAAAAACUACAUCAACUCAAGAAAUUAAUUAUUUUGUAGAGAUGGGGGUUAUUUUAGUGCUGGUCAUUCUAACCUCUGUAUGCAAAUCGAAGUUUGUGUGUGUAAGUGUGUGUCUGUAAACUACCUUUUCUAUCUAUUUACCGUGGAAACGGAAGGAUUUGGAGAUCUGUUUUUCAUAAUUUUUUUAGUUUUGCACAAAACAACGCCAUUAGUCUGACACAGCCAUUUACGAAUGUUAAACUGACAUCACAGUCUAAGCUGACAAAGUGGUGAAUUUGUGCAUUAGAUCUGCUUAAAUCUUUAAUAAGUUCGUUCUUUUUAGAAUACCAUGUAAUGUGUAUAUAUUUAACUAAAGAGAUUUAUAAUCAUAAUUAUUUUAUUGUAAAAUAUUUUAACUAAAAUUUCUUCUUUUAUCUCUUAAAA